UGUUGGACAAGGAUCAAGAUCGUCAGGUUAGUUUUAUGCAAACCACUGUGCACGUUAUUGUUAUGUACUUUGAAGUAGCGUUUUUCGCUUACAUGGCGGCAUACCCCGUGUGCGCUGGAUCUUCUACGUCAUUAUGACCUUGGGUGAACAUCUCUUCUUCGCGUUUCUUUUGCUUCUUCUUCAUGUAAAACAACACGCCGGCGCAGCCCACGGCGGCGCAGCAUCCAAUCACAAUUCCCGCAACGGCGCCACCAGACAGGGGCUCCGACGGGUGCUCCGUGGAGCUGCCGCCGUACGCGUUGUCCUGCUUGAUGGUUGUCGUGGGAUGGCCAUAAUGAGUCGGAGGGGUCGUUGUCGGGUAGGCCACGGGCGAUUGGGGCGGGUAGGUUGUGUCCGCGGGCGGGGUCACAACGGGUGGGUGCGACACGGGCGGGUACGUCGACGAGAACGGGGUUUCGACUGGUGGAACCGGAGGGUAGUGGAACUUGGUGGUCGUGGGUUCGGUUGGGUACGUGGUCGAAGGCGGAUAGGUCGAAGAAGACCCGGGAGGCGUGUUGUAUGGCGUACCAGUGUCCCCGUACCCGCCGUCUUGCGAAGAAGGAGGGGAUGGGUCGUAGUGCACGUCGCGGGCUGGAACGAGUUUGUACGCGGUGCAGACGCUGCCUCGGGCAACGCACGACGGUUGCGGCAUGAGCGCGUAGCCGUCGCACGCGCCGUAGUGGCCUCCGCUCGCAGAUGGAACGAGACCGUAGCCAAAGCACUGGCUCUUCAACGUUGUCGGCCCCGACGGCGACGCCUUCAUGAACAUGCGAGGUCUCGACGCGGACUUGGACUGCCCCAGCGCGGCUCGACGGGCCCGGCCAAGCGCAUUCUUCUGCUUGUGCGUCGAGAUAGAUUCAAGGGAGUCCGACAGGAGUAGCAGCGUCACAAUCAGCAGCGACCACUUCAUGGUGUGUCCAACUGCUGCAAAUCCACAAUGCCACCGAAGAUCGCAAGCUCGG